AGGAAGCAAACAGCCCGGCAGAGAGCUCGCCUGUCACAGCGGUGCAUGCUGGGUCAUAUUGAGGCAGGGUAACAGCAGCAGGAGCAGGAGGAGCAGGAGGAGCAGCAGGAGCAGCAGGAGCAGCAGCCGGCUGAGUCAACCUUCAGUUUCAGUUUCAGCUCUUUGGUCCUGCGCUGAUCAGCUGGCUCGAUCUGACAGCGUGCGGACAGCAGCGUCUUUCACUGAGUCAUGGGAAUCGGUGGACACCAUCUCACGGUCAGCUCACCUGUCUGUUUCGGUGUAGCCAGGAGGAUUCAUUGAUUGCCAGAGAAUCAUGGAGCCAGAUGUCAUCCGCAUAUACUCCUCCUCUCCGCCCCCGAUGGAGGACGGCGCAGAGGAAGAGGACAACGAGUUUGGAGACUUCGGCACCUUCUCUGGCGUCCCGAACAGCAUCAGCUUCACAGAGUUCGACACCCCGACCACUUUCAACCAGUCCCAAGCUCUGACCGCCACCUCCCCACCCGAGCUCAUCAACAACAGAGCGGUGAUGGGAUUCAGCCACAGCUCCUCCAACGGCACCUACAGCCCCGGUAAUGAGCUGUCUAAGGCUAACGGUGUCGUGCCAGCGGGCCACUUGGGCAGCGGGCCCUCAGAAAGAACUGAGAUGAAAAAGGUCCUCUCCGGCUCCGUGGAUGUCACGGUGAGCGACACAGCCGGCAGCGAGCCUGCCGAUUGCAACGGCGGAGGCACAGAAGUGCUAACAAACGGGUUUGCAACCUUUGACUUUCAGGGAAGCCCUUCCUUGCAGAAUUCUGUCCACUCUCAUCUAAAAGGAACGUCCACCGAGGACACGGACAGCGUCCCCGCCGGCAGCCCAGAGGACGACUUUGCAGACUUUGCUGCUUUUUCCAAUGCUGAAGGACACCUCAGCCAGACGGCAAAUGAGGACUUUGACAACCCCACGGGGGGCAGCUGGCCGGCGGAGCCUGCCUGCCCCGUUGAGCACUGUAAUAUAGUGCAGGGAACGCCUUCAGAGGACAAUGUCAGGGACGCAAACAGAACUGGAUCCGACUCUGGUUCCAUAUCUGUUCCUGCUGAGGACCCGGACGGCUCGUGCAACACGGACCGGGGCUCUCACACAGACGCUGACUCUCAACAAAGGGAUGUAGCCUUUGCACAGGAGGACUUCGCCUCAGAGGCAGUUUGCACUAACAAACCUCUCACUCUGAACCGGGUGGAUGUAGCCGACAGGGACGAUUCCAAAGAGGGCUGCAGUGAAAACGACCUCUCGCCUGAUGCAGCUGGAGACGGCGAGAUGGGACAGUCAGAUGGGAAGGGCUCCGGUAACGACACAGAGACAGAAACAGAGACGGAGACAUCGUUCGGACGGGUGCUUUCAACAGACGCUCUAGAGGAGUAUGGUGACAUGAGCACCACAGGCUCAGUGCCCUCUCCGCCCCUUCUCGGGGAAACCGCCACGCCUGCUGACCACAGCCAGCUGGCAGAGGACGAGGAGGACGAGGACUUUGGGGACUUUGGAGACGCCGGCUUAUUCAGCAGUCAAGGCUUUGCCGAUUUUGACCAGCUGGAUGUCCAGCAGGAGCAGAGCAGGCCGCACAGCUCUGCCCCUGCACAGGAAGCUACAAAUGCCAAGGACGAUGACGACUUUGGCGACUUUAACUCCCCCAAAUUUCACACGGGUGGAAACGAGGGGGAGGAUGGAGGCAAGUUUGCAGAAUUCCCCGUCAGUGACAGUUUUGGGAAUUUCAGCUCGGCCGCUGAAGGUGCAGACGGGGAGGCGGAUGCAGGGUGGAGCGCCUUCGGGGAGCCGCAACAGCAGCAGCAGGUGGAGGGGGAGUCCUGGGCAGCGUUCAGCACGGAGCCGAGCGUUGCUCCUCCUGCAGAGAGCAGAGAGCAGGAGGAGGAGGACGAGGAGGAGGACGAGGAAGAAGAGUGGCAUGAAAGUGAACCUCCUGCAGCCUGCGAGGAAGUCAGCAGGACAGACAGACAGCCGGCGUCGCUGUCGAGCCGUCUGGAGAAGCUGUUUCAGAGCAGCUUCCCUCAGACUGCCGUCCCCUCGGUGGAGGACGAGGUGGCGUCCCUGAAAAUCCUGCUGGGACCUCCAGAGGAGAAACCACAGCCAGGAGUCAAGGAGGAGAAGAGGUCGCCAUGCAACAGGUCUGUGUGGACGCAGCUUCAGGACAUCCACGAGGCGAUCGGUCUCAGAUACCAGUGGGGCGGCUCCCACUGCAACAAAGCACUACUCUGCUGCCUCGGCAUCGACACCCGAAAUAUUCUGUUCACGGGACAGAAGAAGCAGCCGGUCAUCGUGCCCAUGUACGCCGCCAGCCUGGGGAUGCUGGAACCAACCAAAGAGCCUGUGAAGCCCGUCUCUGCAGCAGAGAUGAUCGCUUCUAUAGCCCAGGCGCCUUCAGUGGCUCCAGAGAAAAGCUCCUGUCCCUCAGACACAGUUCAGCAGGAGGCGCUCCCACCCGUCCAGUUCGACUGGAGCAGCAGUGGCCUUACCAACCCUCUGGACGCGAGCGGAGGCUCGUCUCUGUUAAACCUGGAUUUCUUUGGUCCUGUGGAGGAUUCAGGCUCCACCAGCUCACCCUCAAUCCCAGGUGUCGACCCCGAGCUGUUCGAGCUCACGACAGCCAAGCUGGACCCCGGCAGCUCCAGCAGUCGGGUGGCAGAUGCCUUCGCCCGCCUGAUGUCCACCAUGGAGAAAACCAGCACCUCCACCAGGAAACCGAGGAAAGAGGAGAAUCUGAGCGAGGAGGCGGCCAAAGUGAUCGCAGCUCUGCCCGAUCUCUCCUUCAUGCAGGCCAAAGUGCUGAUGUUUCCCGCCACACUGACACCACUUGGCUCCCAGGCCACGCCAGAUUGAAGCCCCGCCUCUUAUUGACAUCACCUUGCCAUGACCCCGCCCACCUCCAUCCACGGUGGCGCCCCGCCCACUGACUCAGUCCAUUUUAUAGUCGUCUUUUUUUUUUAUCUCUCGCUGCGGCUUCGUUCCACGCUUUCAUACAUCAUUUUUUUUAAAUUUGUAAUUUUUGUUUUUUCAACUUAUUUUUGUUUUUAAAAUAAAGCGAAGCAUUAAUCACGACUGGAAACAGCUCGGACGUUGGAGGAAGGAAACGGUAGGGGAGCGCUUGGCCGACAACCUGCACAUUUAACAGAAUAGGAGAAAAAAUUAAUUUAUAGAGUUGAUGAUAAUUUAUAGACGUGUGUGCUGUUCAUAUCUAGAAGAAUCAUUGUGUAUAUAAUCAGGGAUUAAAUGUUUAUUUUCCUGUUUUUUUUGUUUUGUUUUUUUAUCUGAAUGAUUUGUGGAGGAUGAUUUUACGUCUGUGGUGGGAGUGUGUUCGUGUCUGUCUGUGAAGGAAACACUGGCUGAAGCUCUUUGAAUCAAACUGAAGUGGAAUAUAUGUAUGAUAAGUUAAAUUAAUACAUUUAUAUACAUAUAUAUAAAAUCUCUCUCUAUAUAUAUAUAUAUUUAUCGACUUGAAACCACACUGCCUGCAAAAUCCAGCUGAAUGUUUUGUCCCCUUGUGUUUAAAGGCCUUAGUUUUUACCUGCAGUCUGCGUAGAUUUUAACCUGACCUUUCUUUAACGCGCAGUGUUUGUUCUGUCUUCUUAUUUUUGUAAUUUAACGUAGCUUUUUAACAUAAAUUAUGUCCGACCCCUCCCCACACACACUCUGUUGCUGCAGUCCAUCCGCAGUCUUUUAGGAUGCAGGAUGACUGUGUUUUAUUUUUCAGUUUAGGAAACUUCCACCAACCAAAUGCCGGCGAGUUGAUGUGUCCGUUUGUCAUCUGGAGGUUUUUUUUUAUUUUUAAUUCCACAUUUAAACAUUUUACAGAUUUUCCAGCUGUUGUGGCCAGAGGAUAAAAACAAGUUUCUUUCCUUCCUUGUUUGCGUCCACUCGCCCUUUUUGUUUUUGGGGGGGUAAAAAUGGUAUUUUUUGUUUGUUUGUUUGUUUUUUGAUUAAAACCACUGAAACUUAAAAGUUUUUCGGCAGCAAAGGUCGACUCACAUCAGAAGGGAAUUAAGGGACCAAUUUCUGCUUCCUUGUGUUGGGUUAUGUACACUGUUCCUAAUAUGAAGUGCUUUUUUUUUUUUUUUUUUUUGCGGCUCUUUUUCGCUCAUGUUCUGCAAUGUUUUUUGUUUUUUGUUUAAUUUUUUUGCUCAUACUACUGUCAGCCCCGUCUCCCAGGAGGAUUUUGCACAUUGUAAAGAUGAAAUGGAUGUAAUCAUAGUUCACUGUGGCUUUAGACUGUGUACAGUUAAACUAUGGACUGUAAAAUGUACAGGAAAAUUCCUAUGGAAAAAAACUGAAUCACUUGAAGAGCCUGUCAAAAGGUUAUUGUGCAUGCCCAGGUUCUUUUGAGACUAUAAGUGUGUAAAUUUUACUUUUAGUGUACACAAGAAAUUAAAAUAGUUAUCUUCUC